CCCCCGGUUCCUGUCAGGGGAAGUUCCUGCCCGCAGCUGCGACCCCUCCCCAAAAACAAGAGCCUCACUUGCAAAGCCCCCCCUCUCCCUUGAGGGUGGCCGGGGGCGGGGAUCAGCGCUGGCCCGGAACCCCCGGCUGGGUCACGCUGCUGGAGGCCCUUGGGGUAGCAGAGGGGUCACGGCUUUGAGUAGGGGUGGGAGAGGGGCACAGACCCCCGGGGGUGUCCCCCCAAAAUCAGCGCUUGUCCCUGCCCCGAGGUGCCCCCAGCGCGAGGGGAGCGUGGCAGGGUUGGGGGUACGGGAGGAUCCUCGGGGGGCUCUGCCUGGGGAUGGUGUUGGGCUGGGGAACGCUGCUGGGAGAAGGUGGGAGCAGGGGAGAAGUGGGGGGCCACAAACAAACCCCUAAAGCACGGAUCCAUCCCAGCCCCAAACCCCAUCCCCCCUUCCCUGCCCCACAACAAACACCCCCAAACAUCCUCCAAAAGUCCCAAAGUCCCCUUGUAAACAGCCCCGUCCUGCCCCACACAGUGCCCCCUGUGUCCCCAGGACCCCCCUCCUGCAGACAGGACCCUGCACACUUGAUUUACCCCCUCACCCUCCUUCACCCACUCUUUGUUGUUUCUUGAGAGACAGAAAGAAAAAAAAAAAAAAAAAAGAAGAAGAAGAAGAGAGAGAGCAAAAAAAAAAAAAAAACCCACACAGGAGGAGGCAGGAGCCUAUUUUGCCUCCCAGGCAAUAUUUCUGGAGCCAAUCGGAAUGCGCACCCACCCUGCCCUGCUCCCUAAUUAAAGGCUUUAAGCAGGCGGCCGGGGCCGGAGGUUUGGGCACAGUGUCUCGGUGGCUCCUCGGAAGCAGCAGCAGCAGCAGCAGCAGCAGCCGCAGCCCCAGCGCCGAUCCCAGCUCGGGGCGCUCCAGGCCGCCAGGUUGGGGGGUCCCCGGCGCGGGCCCGCAGCCGCCCCCUCCCCGCUGCCCGCCAUGAGCGGCUCUUUCGAUAAGAAGCUCUCCAGCAUCCUGACGGACCUCUCGGGCUCGCUGAGCUGCCAUGCAGCCUCCAAGGACUCUCCCACCCUGCCCGAGUCCUCGGUCACCGACCUGGGCUACUACACGGGCCAGCACGACUUCUACCCGGGCCAGUCGUACGGGCAGCCCGUGGGCCACUACCCCUACCCGCAGUUCAACCUCAACGGCAUCGGGGCCGCGGGCACCUACUCGCCCAAAUCCGAGUAUUCCUACAGCCCCUCGUACCGCCAGUACGGGCACUUCAGGGAGCAGCAGCUCCCGGCGCAGGAGGCAGUGUCCGUGAAGGAGGAGCCGGAGCCCGAGGUGCGGAUGGUCAACGGGAAGCCCAAGAAGAUCCGCAAGCCCCGCACCAUCUACUCCAGCUACCAGCUGGCCGCCCUGCAGCGCCGCUUCCAGAAGGCGCAGUACCUGGCACUGCCCGAGCGCGCCGAGCUGGCGGCACAGCUGGGGCUCACCCAGACCCAGGUGAAGAUCUGGUUCCAGAACCGGCGCUCCAAGUUCAAGAAGCUCUACAAGAACGGCGAGGUGCCCCUGGAGCACAGCCCCAACAACAGCGACUCCAUGGCCUGCAACUCUCCGCCGUCGCCGGUGUGGGACAGCCCCGGCGCCGCCCGGACCCCGCUGCCGCAGCCGCUGCCCUACAGCUCCUCCCCGGGGUUUUUGGAUGAGCACAACCCCUGGUACCACCCCCAGAGCCUCAGCGGCCCCCACGGACCCCCCCAGGCCCAGGCGGCCCCCCCAAUGCACCACCCGUCCCCCGGGCCCCCCAGCACGGGCGCCGUGUACUGACCGCGGGCACAGAGACGCUGCACAACUCCUUGGCCUCCUUUUUUUUGAUCCCCCUCAUCCCCGUGGUUUGGUUUUUGUCUCCUGAUUUGUCCUAAAAAACCCCAAAAAACAGCAAAAACCAAAGGAAAAGCACCCCUAGAAAUGCUCAGCUCAUCUCAGGACCCAGAGCACUGCAAAGCCUCCGCUCCCGGCGAAAGGAAAAUCCUUCAGGACUUUUGAAUUUCCGAAUUUUUCCAUCACCUCCUUCUUCACUCCUCACCCCCAACCCCUCGCCGGAGCUUUGCCUGUGGCGGUGACCCCGCCGGGCCGGAGGAGCUGUGUCACCACUGUCGCGACAGAGCGACAGGGGCGUGUCUGUCGCCAGCGGAGCGGGAGCUGCUCGGCCCCGGCUCCAGAAUCGCUUUUGGGGCUCACGGACCCCCGACCCCAGCCGGAAUCACCCGGGACCGUGCUCAGACCAGAAGGUGGUGAUUUAAAAUGAAAUAAAAAAUUGU